UGCCGCUUCAGCUCCCUUAAAUUAUGUUGUAAACAGACCUCAACUUUUUUUUUACUCUACGCUAUUAAAUAAUUUAACCACAAACAAUCAAUUUCGAAAUGGAUAACUUGGUUAGAAUAUUGUACGAUUUCAGUCUAAAACUAAAAACGCACUCGAGUUGAUAAAAAUCACCCAAAUGAAUUGUGCAUGCGGUAUGUAUUCGAGGUGGUGUGGUAGGUAAGCGGGUCAAACAAUGACAGCGCGUCGACAGGAAGGGAAUCGAAAGUGUAGCAGAGGACGUCAUAGUGUUUAAUAUACGCACUGUGUGUCCACGCGUUAAAAAUAAUAAUAAGUGUGUGUGUGUGUGUUUGUGUGUUGAGUGAUUAGUUGAAGGAUGUCGAUGGCAGCUCGGGUCGCUGCAGCAGGAGCUCCGGUGUCGCUGCUGUCGCGGUUCCGCGGCGCGCUGGCGGCCGCAGUGCUGGGGGAUUGUGUAGGCGGUGAAUUUGAAGGCGCAGAGGAGGUUCCUCUAGACCGGGUUCUUCAGCAUCUCAGUGGACUGGAAGACGAAACACGGGGUGAUGGUAUAUUGCAGUACAGUGAUGACACAGCCAUGAUGCGCUGCGUAGCCCAAUCCCUUCUCACCAGGAUGGGCUUUGAUGAACAAGACAUGGCUCGCAGUUUUGCAAAAGAGUAUAGCCUCGCUCCAGGCCGUGGCUACGGAUCAGGAGUUAUUCAGGUUCUGCGAAAGCUUGCGUCACCUCACCUCAACGAUGUCUUUCAGCCAGCACGUGCUCAGUUUGGUGGACGCGGAUCAUUCGGCAACGGAGGAGCAAUGAGAGCAGCACCUUUUGCACUUGCCUUCAGGAAUGUGGCAGAUGUGAUGAGGUAUGCAAGGUUUGGUGCGAUGCUCACCCACUCCUGCUCUCUGGGCUAUAAUGGUGCUGUACUACAGGCCCUCGCUGUUUACUUGUCGCUACAAGGAGAUCUGGCAAUACCGCAAAAAUUCAUCAGUAAACUCAUCUCAAAAAUGGAGGAAAUGGAGAACGAUGAGACGGCCCAUAACGACGCCAAAGUGCUAAAAUUGGCUGAAUUUCCAUAUUGUGCACGUUUGCACAGAGUCAAAGAGCUAAUGGAGCAGAAUAGCGUGAGCAUCGAGGAGGUCAUAUCAAAACUUGGGAACGGCAUUGCAGCCCUCGAGUCUGUUCCCACGGCCAUCUUCUGUGUGCUGCACUGUUUAGAGCCCCGAGAGGGCCUGCCUGAGCACUAUGGAGGCCUGGAGAGGACAAUAGCCUACAGCUUAGCGCUGGGAGGUGACACAGACACCAUCGCAUGCAUGGCAGGUGCAAUCGCAGGUGCCCAUUACGGUAUUGAUGUCAUUCCCCAGAGUUGGUUGAAAUGCUGUGAGGGGGCAGAGGAAGCUGAGCAACUGGCUAACCGUCUUUACAAACUCUACAGCAUCAUGCAGACAGAGGGUGACAAUCUGCCACAUGACAGCUAAAUCUGAAAAACACUGACUGAUCCAUUAAGCAUUAUUUCAGACCCAUUAUAUGCAUGUAAUACAUAACAAUGCUGAGGGGAAAAAACACAACCCUUGAUCAUGAGAAUUUGUUGUCUUUGUUGUGCAAAAAUAUUUACAAUAAAAAAUAUUAAGCAGUUGCACAUUGUCUGUUAAACAAUGUGAGGCUAAACUUUUUAUUUUUGAAAGACCUAUUUAAAGGUUAGAGCUUUUUGUAAAUUUUGGUGUCCACAGUCCAGCAUCUGUAAAUAAAAUAUUGACCAGCUUCAA